GUCAUGCUUGCCCACACCCUCUCAGAAUGCAGCAUGGGGGAAAGAAUGUAACACAAUUAAGGAACUGUAGCCAGGCAGAGUGUCUUUAUCGCCAAACAGUCGUCGUUUUCGGAUGAUUGAACUUAAGUGAUGCUCAAACGAUGCCUAUAGUGGACAAGCUCAAGGAGGCCCUGAAGCCCGGCCGGAAGGACUCCUCGGCGGGCGACGAUAGCGACCUCAAUAAGCUGCUGGCCUCCUCGGCCAAGAAGGUCCUGCUGCAGAAGAUUGAGUUUGAGCCGGCCAGCAAAGGCUUCUCCUAUCAGCUCGACAGUCUCAAGACCAAAUAUGUGAUCCUCAACCCCCGCGGCAGUGAGGGGGCCACUUCGGGUCAGAGGGCCAGCACAGAGCCCGCUCAGAUCAAGAGGCAAGUUUCAGACAACCAGUGUGGGGGCCAGAGUGAUGGGAUCCCCGCCCCGCAGAAGAUGCUCUUCCCUGGGAACAGACUCUCCAUGCGCUGGGAGCGUGUCUACCGGGUGGGAGCCGGCCUCCACAACCUGGGCAACACCUGCUUCCUUAACUCCACUGUGCAGUGUCUCACCUACACACCGCCCCUGGCAAACUAUCUCCUCUCCAAGGAGCACAGUCGUGCCUGUCACCAGUCGGGUUUCUGUAUGAUUUGUAUAAUGCAGAACCACAUCAUCCAAGCCUUUGCCAACACAGGAAAUGCCAUCAAGCCUGUCUCCUUCAUCCGAGACCUAAAAAAAAUUGCCAGGCACUUUCGGUUCGGUAGCCAGGAAGACGCCCAUGAAUUCUUACGCUACACCAUCGAUGCCAUGCAGAAAGCCUGUCUGAACAGCUACCCCAAGUUAGACCGGACGACACAGGCCACCACAUUGGUCCACCAGAUAUUUGGCGGUUACCUCAGGUCGCGAGUUAAGUGUUCCAUUUGCAAAAGUGUGUCAGACACUUACGACCCUUACUUGGACAUUGCUGUGGAGAUUCGACAAGCAGCAAAUAUCGUCCGAGCCCUGGAGCUCUUUGUCAAGCCCGACGUGUUGAGUGGAGAGAACGCCUACAUGUGUGCCAAGUGUAAGAAGAAAGUUCCGGCAACAAAGCGAUUCACAGUCCACCGAACAUCCAAUGUUCUGACCCUGUCUCUCAAGAGGUUUGCCAACUUCAGUGGAGGAAAAAUCACCAAGGACGUUGGCUACCCAGAGUUCCUGAACAUCCGCCCCUACAUGUCUCAGAGCACAGGGGACCCGGUCAUGUAUGGCCUCUAUGCUGUCCUGGUGCAUUCUGGGUACAGCUGUCAUGCUGGCCACUACUACUGCUAUGUCAAGGCCAGCAACGGGCAAUGGUACCAGAUGAAUGACUCGAUGGUCCAUUCCAGUAACAUCAAAGUAGUCCUGAAUCAGCAAGCCUACGUUCUAUUCUACCUGAGGAUCCCAGAGACCAAGAAGAACGUGGAUGGCCAGAUCACCAAGCAGGGAAUGGGGAAGAACGUAGCGACGUCAGAGCACUUCAGGAAGACCAACCUCAACAGACCCCUGUCCUCUCCGCAGGUCACCAAGGUAUGGGACAGGCUGGCAGAACGGUCCGUCAUCAGAAUGUUUGAAAGCAAUACGAAACUGGACCCUUUCCAGCUGCGUAAGAUUCAGUCCGUAGAGGGCGGCCUGGGCAUACCUGUGUCUAGGAAUGGCGCCAACAUCUCCCAGCAGCCCAACAAGAUGUCCAACGGGACGUCGUCCUCCUCCCACGCACCCACCAGGAUACCCAGUGGACCCAUGCUGAUCGAGGAGCCCUUCAAGAAGCUGAAGAAGCCCUGUCCUCCUCAGCAGCCCCAGGCGCGCAGCAGCACCCCCGCCCCCUCCAACGGUGUGGCCGGCAGGUCGGACGGCGGAGACCGGAGGCACGGGAACCAAGGGGCCAGAGGCCUGGCCGCAUCUACCUCACUCAAGUCCCUGUCAGACUCCUCCUCGGCAGACACCUCCGACUCAAAGGAUUCCAUGGGUACCAAAAGUGCGCCGGUUGGUGGGACGUCCACCCCCCCUAGGAAUGUCUCGAACGGCAUGGCCUCCCCUGCCAAGAGUGUGGAGCGCGUGGGCACGGAGGAGCAGAAGACAGUCAAGCUAAAACCCCUGGCCCUCAACAACAUCACAUCUUCACCCACCGGCACCACGUCUCCCCCACCCGCCAAGAAAUUGGCCCUGUCGGCCAAGAAGGCCAGUCGCAGCCGGAGUCCGAGCAGCACUGAGGCUCAACACCCCCACCUGCCACGUCAUCCGUCCAGUGACCGCACGCAUCCUGCUCAACUUAACCUCACCUUCACCUCACCCACUCACAGUCACAGGGUUGGUCCAUUCCAUUCACCCAAACUGCAAUCUCCAACUGCAGCCCACCAUGUCCACUCAGGCAUCCCAUCUAAGCAUCAGAGUCCCCAGAAAUCAAACUCCACCCUCUCUCCAAAAACCAAUGGGCUUCAGCCCCACCUUCCAAAGAUCCCUAAACCUACCGAGACCCCCAGUCUGUCAGAGCCUGGCCCAAGCAGUUCCGCCACCUCCUUAAAGAAGAAAAAUAAGAAACGGCGUCACUCUGAGAUGGAAGGCGGAGAGCGAGAGCCAGCACUGGCCUAUGUCAUCCCAGACAUCCCCGCUGAGCCUGAACUGAUCGAACCGGCCAGUGAGCGGAAGAGGAGGAAAAGGAGAAAGAAGAGGAAGAGGGAGGAAGAGGAUGGAGAUGCAGCCGAGAACCACAGGGCAAGAGUUCAGUCUCAUCUGGAGGCUUCACCGCCGGCCCAAGAGGAGGACUGGUGUCAGGGGGGAUCAUGGAGACUCAGCCCCCCUGACCAAAGAGCCCUGGAACAACCAAAGCUGCCCCAUCCCCAGCCUAAGAGUAAGCUCCAGUUGGUUCCAGUGGUUCUCCAGUGUGAUGCGAAUCAAGGAGAGCAGAGUAUGGACACUGUGACGAUGAUGAAGAGGAGGAGGAGGAAGAAGAAAAGGAGAUUGGAGGAGGGACCGGAGGAAGCAACAUUAACACGUUCUGUUUCAGAAAGCAGUUCUGGGACGAAGGACACGGUUGUUGAAAACGGCGCUGGGGAUUCUACCGCCCCAAAGAAGUUAAAGAAGCACAGGCUAAAAGAAGAGGUGAAACAGUGGGAGGAAAGCAGACGUUGUUGCUCCGGCGACCAGAGGAGCGACACGGAAGCAGCGGAGGCCCUUCCCAAGAAGGGCACCGUGGAGAGCACCGCUGGAGUGAUCGUGUGGGACAGCCAGGUUAAGGAUGGCUACAAGCUCUCCAAGGCCCCCGCUGCAGAAGCUGUAGAGGGUGGUCCUGGGGAUGUCCCCCACCCAGCCCCCAUGGUCUGGGAUGGCAAGAGGAGUGGUGGAGUUGUUGAGGAGCUCCUGAAGAACUCUUUGGACAAAGCCUAUGGAACCCAAGUCCUCAGCUGGGAGGGAGAGGCAUCUGCCAUCAGUAGGGAUGCCAUUGACGACACCCGCGAUGCCAGAACCGACAUGGUGAUUGACGAGUGGGAUGAGGACUUUGACAGUGGAAAGGUGAAGAAAAUGAAAAAGUACAAGCGAGAGAAGAGGAGGAGCGGCAAUAUCUUCCAGAAGAUCCAGGACCGGCGGAGCAUGUGGUCGGUCACACCCGGCGCCAAGAAGACCGGCUUUGGAUACCGUCACUGAGAGCCAACCAGAAUGGAUGUUUGGAUACAGUCACUGAGAGCCGACCAGAAUGGAUGUUUGGAUACCGUCACUGAGAGCCAAACAGAAUGGAUGUUUGGAUACAGUCACUGAGAGCCAACCAGAAUGGAUGUUUGGAUACAGUCACUGAGAGCCAACCAGAAUGGAUGUUUGGAUACAGUCACUGAGAGCCAACCAGAAUGGAUGUUUGGAUACAGUCACUGAGAGCCAACCAGAAUGGAUGUUUGGAUACAGUCACUGAGAGCCAACCAGAAUGGAUGUUUGGAUACAGUCACUGAGAGCCUUCCAGAAUGGAUGUUUGGCCACAUACAGUACAACCGAACUGGAGUGACGACACGUGACACCACUGUAACAACGUGACUAUUUUUUUAAUUGCUUGGUGGUUCAUACCCUGAUUGCAAUACGAGAGACCAUGGCCAGUUAACAGAACAACACAUCUUUGAUCUGUGCUGGUCUCUUCACUAUAGAACUUACCGCAAGUCUUCCUAUGAUGACCGAGUCUGGUGAGCUGACCAACAUGGGCUGUGAUGUUACCACUGUCAACCAGGGUUCAGCAACAAUGAGUUGACCAUUGCUUCUACACCGUUGUCUCAGAUGGAUAUGAAAAUAUUGUUCAGUCAAUGGUGCUCAAGCUGCUCAUGAAUAUGAUGGAUUUACCGUACUGUGAUGAGCUUCCAUCUGUGGUAAUAACAUGACACGAUGUUAUGUUAGGAAUUCAGAACAAGUCAUGUCAGGAAUUCUCAUAUUUACAUGGUUGGGCUACUCUAGGAGACGGUUCUGGGGUUUUCUAGCCGGUAUCAAAGGAUGUGGCAUGCACCAUAUAGCAUUUAUCUGUGUGAAAGGCUGAGGUGAGAGAUUUUGUAUAAUGUAUGCUAGAUAACCCUUACCCAUCAGCUAAAUGUAUUGAAACCUAUGAGGGAGACACUUGGGUUGUGUUCAGGUGGGCGAAACGUGCAGAACUUUGAAUUAUAGUAAUGUAAUGUAUAGAGCUGAAAUUAUUUCCUAUAGAAAAUCAUUGUGUUCUACACAAUCUAUUUCUCUGAACAUUCUAAAAUGUUGCAACCAGAGAUUUAGUGUAAAAAAUAAAAAAAAAAUGGUUGGUUGGUUGGUAAACGUUGAUUGCCGUUCUUGCUGAGUAAAGCAACACUCCCUCCCUAUACGUUCAAUGCAUUUUCCCACAAAUGGUGGGUAAACUCUUGGGCAAAAUACAAAAACAUGCGUAAAUGACAUUUCUGUGCGUUUAUCCUCUACUACACCACUGGUUACAACCGCUGUGCUGACUGCUGACUGGGCGAUCUGCAGGACAGUUGGCCAAUAGAGGUGAACACUGUUCUCCUGACUCAUAUGGCCUAUUCUGUAUGUGAAGACAUGUGGUGACCAUCUCGCGCUGAUCACCAUCAGCACAAUCACCAAGUCACCUUUAAAAGAUCCCAAACAUGAACAGGACCACAGAUGGUGAAGCCAUCAUAACUGAUAUGCUUUAUUCCCAUCCUUUCUUUUAGUUUGGGAAUGAUUGAUGGUUUUAUGGUUUCUUAUUCUGUGUGAUUUCUUUGCCACAAUGCCUUCUUGGUAUGUUCUACAUGACUUGAUAAAACUGACCCACUGUGGCUGCUGCUGACACAUUUACAUAUUCUGAUUCUACUGUUAUUUUAUGAAUUGUUAUGAAUUUGGAGGGGAAACAGUCACACGCCUGUUCCACGCAGACAACAGGCCUCCAUCUUUAAUCUAAUUGAUUAUUGUAUGCGUGAUGGUGGUAUUUGAAGUUUCCUACAUCAGAAUAUUCAGUACUGCGUCCCUAACAGAUUUGUUUUUGUUUCCUUUCCUGGGUGAAUUUGACGGUUCUGAAGAUGAUGUAAUUUGGUAGAUGUGUCAGAAUAGAAAAUGUCAUGGUCGAUUAACACCAAGUGAUGCUGGAAUAUGAAUUGCCCCAACAUCAGCUAAUUGCAAAGUUCAUAGGCGGAUGUCUCUACCCCCAGGUCAAGUCGGGGACUGUAACGAUAACGUCAAGGCUUUGCCUGUUUGUAACACCACAUAAUCCACCUUUUAAUGGAUUAGGCAUAUCAUUGUUUCAUCUGCUUUCUAAUCCAUUUGCUCUCCUUUCUGGUAAAUAGUCCCAUUCUGUUUUGCAAAAGAGGGUAUGAGUGAUUCUGGGGUGGGUGGGUUGAAUUGGGAACUUUUUUCAACCCUAGACAUCUACAGUAGGUCAUGAGUGGAGCUAAUUGCUCAUCUCUUCUGCGUGUCAUUCCCAAAAUGUCAAGUCCUUGGUCCCUGGUCUCUAACUAAACGUUGUGUUGGUGACCAUCGUUUAGUAAUGCUCCAUCACCAGGUCCCUGGUCUCUAACUAAACGUUGUGUUGGUGACCAUCGUUUAGUAAUGCUCCAUCACCAGGUCCCUGGUCUCUGUGUUGGUGACCAUUGUUUAGUAAUGCUCCAUCACCAGGUCCCUGGUCUCUAACUGUGUUGGUGACCAUCAUUUAGUAAUGCUCCAUCACCAGGUCCCUGGUCUCUGUUGGUGACCAUCGUUUAGUAAUGCUCCAUCACCAGGUCCCUGGUCUCUAACUGUGUUGGUGACCAUUGUUAAGUAAUGCUCCAUCACCAGGUCCCUUGGUCUCUGUGUUGGUGACCAUUGUUUAGUAAUGCUCCAUCACCAGUGAACUUCAGCUUUGUUGUGCAUCAUGUGUUUUCUGAAUGAAUUUUGGGCCUCAAACAGUUCUUUCUUUGUGUGUUCUAUCCCAGAUAAAGAGUUGCAUGUAGGCUGGUCCCAGAUCUGUUUGUGUGGUUUGGCCAACACCUAUGGCCAUUGUAAAUGUUGGAAAUACAGCACAGACAUCUGGGGCCAGGCUAGAUUACGUACGUUGCCCCAGGCACUGUUAGUUUGAAGUUGAUGUAUAUGCUAUUAGUACAUGAUCAUUGUCCCAAUCUGUACUCUCUCUAUGCAAAUCACCCACAGACAGUCCAACUAACUGGUCAUCUGGAACCUGAUGUACCCAGCCAUCCCCCAACCUUACAACCCUCAUGUUCAACCAACCUUCUAGCCAAGUCCACAUUUUAUUACACACCCCCACCAUUUUUAUCCUGUUUUCUACCAGUAUAUUUGGGGGGAGGGGGGUGAAAACAUGGGAUCUUCCACUUUAUCUGGGCACUGAUUUUGAUAAAUAGAUUAUAAAUGAUAGUCAUUAAACAAAAGCGUUUGGCCAGUGUAGAAGAUUGUACAGUCCGCCUGGUGUUUCCCAUGCUUUCCCCGUCAUCCCUGCGUAGACUCAGCCUUUACAAACCAUCCGGAUCUGAUCGGCUACACGGAAACAGAAUGCAAGCUUGUGAGAUCAGGAUGAUUCGUACGAGGCUAGUGUAGUUCUAGCCACCCAUUUGACUUUCAUUCUAGAGAUGUCGGCUUAAACAGUAGAGUUAAUUGAUAAUGUUAAAUAAUUUAAAGAAACUUUUCACAAAUCUUUAAUGUGUUAUAAAAAAAAAUACAGAUGAAAUCUGUAUUUGGAUUGGUGGGGGAUUGUGAGACUUUAAAUAAUUUCUUGCAGAUGGAUGUUCAUAUGUUCGUGUUUCAUACGAUGACACCUUGUUACUGUAGUGUCAUACAGUACGAGAGCGGUGUCAUCACCAGUUCCAUUGAAUGUGUUUAAUGUUGACUGUGAAAUGAGCUUUAGGACAUGUUCGAAUGUCAAGGAAACUGACACCAGGACAUUAUACUGGUGUGACUGAUCCAUUAUACUGGUGUGACUGGUCUGCGUCAUGUUUGCAUUGAUGGUUCUAUAUUUUGCACCGCCUUUUCAGACCAAGGAGAGACAUUUCAUAAUGAAAAGUGACUCUUACCAAAAUGGAUCAUGUAAUUAGCUAUACAGGUGCAAUAAAGUUGUGACUUUGUGAA